CCUCAUCCAGAGCUUUCCUCUCCUCUAACAGUCCUCAUCGUCACAUACCUGAUCGUUCGUGUGUGUCUACAGGGGCCGUGCAGCUCUGAGCGUGAGGGGAUCUGACCAGAAAGAGCCCUUCAUCUUCAGUAUGAUGGCCAACACGGUGAGUGUGUCAACACCAACUUGUGUUGGCGCAGCGGCUCUGUGUGGAGAUCUGAAGGCCUUUCUGAACCAAAACCUCUCCAAAGGCAGCAUUUCCCUGGUAACACCAUCCAGCUACAGCCCAGCCACCAAGAUCACACUAGGAACAGUCAACUCCAAUGUGGGAGCGCAGAUGAUUUUAAGCACACCGCAGAGAGAGUCUCAUCCUGGAGGUAUCCUCAUCGGCAGCCCGUUUACGCCGCACACAACACCGGUGGCCAUGGUUACUCAAGCGCACCCUCCCGAGGGCGACGAGUGGACCCCGGGAAACAAAAAAAGGACACAUGACUACAUUGAUUCCUAUUACUCAGACAGGGAUGGACUGUGUUCGAGUGAUUCCUCGUCCAGUAAGAGAAUGAAGAGGGCAGAUAAGAACGGUAAAGGCCUGAGGCACUUCUCCAUGAAGGUGUGUGAGAAGGUACAAAAGAAAGGCACUACGUCCUACAACGAGGUGGCUGAUGAGCUGGUGGCUGAAUUCACUCACGCCAGCAGCCUGAUGCCCACCGACUCGCAGGUGUACGACCAGAAGAACAUCCGCCGGCGUGUGUACGACGCGCUCAAUGUGUUGAUGGCAAUGAACAUCAUCUCUAAAGAGAAGAAGGAGAUCCGCUGGAUCGGCCUGCCCACAAACUCAGCCCAAGAGUGCCGCAACUUAGAGCUGGAAAAACAGAAGCGUUUGGAAAGAAUCCGACAGAAAAGAGCCCAGCUAGAGGAGCUAAUAUUACAGCAGAUCGCCUUUAAGAAUCUGGUGCAGAGGAACCAGGCCAGCGAAGCCUCGUCCCAGUCAACUCCCCCUCCAGGAUCUGUCAUUCAGCUUCCCUUUAUCAUUCUCAACACUGACGUCCGCACCGUCAUCGACUGCUCCAUCUCUAGCGAUAAGUGUGAAUACCUCUUUAACUUUGACAACACGUUUGAGAUCCAUGAUGACGUUGAGAUCCUGAAGCGGAUGGGCAUGUCUCUGGGGCUGGAGAACUGCACAUGCUCUCCCGAGAACCUCAGCGUGGCCAGAUCUCUGGUGCCCAAGUCUCUGGAAGCGCAUGUCACCAACAUGGCCACAAACUCCAACAGAACACCUCUCAGCCACACAAGUCACAGCAGCACAGCCCCGUCACACGCCUCAGAGUCUCGUGGCCAGACGCCCAGCUCCUUCAAUGAGGAAGAGGACGACGAAGACGACAAUCCCUCCUCCCCAGAGUGAUCCUGAGCUCAGCGCUGGGAUGGGAAUCGCGAACAGAGCCCGGGAGGAAACGCUACACAGGAAAUAAGCUGCCACUCCUCUCUAUAUUACCAUAUUUUAACUUCCCUCACCAUCUCUUUCCUCCUCGUUCCCAGUUUGGCACAAACGCCAGGAGUCUUUGGCUCCGGGGCAGAUGGUUUACUGUAUUUCUGUGGUGCUUUUUGGCUAGCGAGCCGCGGGUCGGGCCAUAGAGGAGAGCGUAUAAGUGAGGGUUAACACAUCUUCAGUUCAACUGCCUCAUGUCAUCUCAGUGUACUACUCUUCUCUGUUUCCUACCCUGAGGGACGUUCAAAUUCUUUCCAAAAAUUUAUUUAUUUCGGUCAUAUUUGAAUAUGACCAUAUCUGUGUAGUCCAGUGGGCUAGUGCCACUAUUUCUUCUCCGUGGGGAUCGGAAAGCAACGUGCUGAUCUUACUGUUCACCGAUUGAAAGAAUUUACAAAAAAAAUGGAAAAAUGUUCUUUCUUCAUAGGUUGAUUUUGUUGUAUUGUAUAGUUUAUUCCUUGUCAUUCAUCGCAGUAGUUGAAGGAAAAUAAAACAUGGAUGGUUGUAUCUGCUGUUCCGGGUUCAAAUAGCUGCCAGCCUGUUGUCCUCAGGCCAUUUGAAUGUUGCAUGUUGGGAGAUGUAGUCUUGUGAGUUUUUGUUUGCACUGAGUGUGGCAGAUGUAAAGCAAACUGUUCUGAACCAGUCAGGUCGGCGUUUUAAACCAACUCAACCCAACAGAACUAAUGAAUUUUGGUUUGCAAUGUAACUGUAUGUACAUGUAUACAUAUAUAAACAUAUAAUUUUGGUUACCUGUGGUGUGGUGUGGUCUAGAAAAAAAAAUGAAGCUUUAAAAACUCAAUGCUUUAAAAUGGCAAUAUAGUAUUAUUAAUA